CCACUCUCGCACACUUUGGUAUCCUCUCUAUCAAACCCUCUGCAAGCAUUUGGGAGAAACCCUAGAUUCCAACAGCUGCAGCUAUGGGUAUUUCUCGUGAUUCUAUGCACAAGAGACGUGCCACUGGAGGCAAGAAGAAGGCUUGGAGGAAGAAGCGAAAGUAUGAGCUUGGAAGACAACCUGCCAACACAAAGCUGUCAAGCAACAAGACAGUUAGGAGGGUUAGGGUUCGAGGUGGGAAUGUGAAGUGGCGUGCAUUGAGGUUGGACACAGGAAACUACUCAUGGGGCAGUGAGGCUGUGACCCGGAAGACUCGUAUCUUGGAUGUGGUUUAUAACGCUUCAAAUAAUGAGUUGGUUAGGACCCAAACUUUGGUGAAGGGUGCAAUAGUUCAGGUCGAUGCAGCACCAUUUAAGCAGUGGUACCUUCAGCACUAUGGAGUUGACAUUGGUCGCAAGAAGAAAACCGCUGCUUCUGCCAAAAAAGAAGGAGAGGAGGGCGAUGCUGCUACAGAAGAGGCAAAGAAAAGCAACCAUGUUGUCAGAAAACUGGAGAAGCGCCAACAGGAUCGCAAUCUUGACCCACAUGUCGAAGAACAAUUUGGGGGUGGCCGUUUGUUAGCUGCAAUUGCAUCACGACCUGGCCAAUGUGGUCGUUGUGACGGAUACAUAUUGGAGGGCAAAGAGCUGGAGUUCUAUAUGAAGAAACUCCAGAGGAAGAAAGGAAAGGGCGCUGCUGCUUAAAAUCUUGCUACCGCAAAUUCUUCUUUGAAAUCAGAGUUACAAUUUUCCCCUAUCCAUUUUUCUUCUUUAGCUGUGGAACUGAGAAUUGGUUGACUGAUAAAGUUAGCUUGAACUAUUUUUGUCAUAUCCUUUUAUGUUUUAAAGUUAAACAUCAAUGCAACAUUUUGUUUUAAUCAAUUGGUCUUAUUGUUGUUAA